AGCUGUUGAAAACGAUUGUUUUUUUUGCAAUCUCUUUUCGCACUCUCGCAAAAAAAUUAAAAAGAAUUCAUAAAUUGCGAAAAGUUAAGCGGCGGUGUGGUAAUGAAGCAAACAACGCGAAAAACAACGAAUUAGUCAAUGAAGUGAACGCGAAACAACAACAACAACAACCGUGGGCCGCAGCUCUCCCACACACACCCCUGUCCGUGUUGAGUUGCGUGUGCGAGUGUGUGUGAGUUUGCGAAGUUCGGACUUGGAUUGCCGUUGUCCCCCGCCUCCCUUUUGGAGCACACACACACACACACACGCACACACCUGGCGAAUCACACCUGUGCGGAGACUCCCAGGAUUGCUGGGCUGCCAGCAGAACAUCUGCGUCGAAAAGCCGCCAGAGAGAACUCACAGCUGGGAAGCUGAAGCUGGCCUUCAGCGGAGCAGGAUUUGUGUAGGAUCCAAGAGACCAACCGUUGCUGAACGCCUGGAUGCCCGGCUUCCACCUCAAUGAGAUGGGUGAAAUGGUCCUGGACGCCAUCGAUGACAUCGGCGUGGUCGAUGUGUACGAUCUGGCCUCGGACAUUGGCAAGGAGUAUGAGCGUAUCAUGGAUCGCUUCGGGACGGAUGCCGUCAGCGGGCUAAUGCCGAAGAUUAUCAACACCCUGGAGCUCCUAGAGGCGCUGGCCACCAAGAAUGAACGGGAGAACGCCACCAUUCAGGAGCUGCGGGACAAGGUGACGCAGCUGGAGAGCGAGAAGCUGGAGAAGGCCGAGUUCCGGCGCAGGUUCGAAAAGGAACUGGAGCUUAUCGAGGAGCAGUGGCGCAGUGAGACCAACGAAUUGGUCGAUCUGGUGUCGUCCCUGCAGGAUGAGAACAAGCGGCUGGUCAAGCAAACGCAGGACUUGCAGUCGGCCUCCGCCCAAAGCUCUGGGCUGGGGGCCAGCCUCACCGAGAGCAUCAUUAGCAUGACCAACCAUGAGCUGCACAGUGCCCUAUCCGACACCCAGGUGCUGCAGCGACUCAAGGAGCAGAUCUACAAGCAGCGGGAUGAGCUCAAGCAACGAGAGCGGGAGCUGCAGGACAAGUACAGCGAGCUGGAGCAUCUUAACAUCCAAGCGGAACGUCUGAAAGGCUCUGAGCGAGACACUCGGCGGCGUCACAAGCUCAUGCAGGCUCAGGUCAAGACGCUGUGCGAGGAGCGUGCCGAUUUUCUUGCCCAGCUGCAGGACCAGAGCCGCGAGAUCAACCAGCUGCGUAAGCGCCUGGGUUUGGCCGAGAAGGAGAACGAGGAUCUGGUGGCCUCCUACGACGAUGGUCAGAACGACCCAAAUCGGCCGCGUUAUACCACGCGAGAGCUCAAGGAGCUGAUCAGCGAGCGGGACGAGCUGCUGACCACCAUCGAUGGGCUAAAUGAGCAGCUGGCGGAGCUUAAGCCACCACCGCCGCCGCCCAAGGCCAAGCGCCAGCGCCAUUUCUCCAGUUCCGAUGACAGCGACGAUGAGGACGAUGGUCAUGUGGCGGAUAACGAUGACGACGACGACGAUGAUGAAGAGGAGGCGACCGAAGCGGAUGAGGUGGAGCCACCAGCCGCUGGAGAGACGCCGCCUGGACACGAUGCACCCGUGCAGGGACCGCUGCCAUACGAGCCGGACGAUGCGCCGUGGAAGAAGAGCUCCGAGUCGGGUAUACGGAAGUUCUUCCGCAAGCUGUUCUCGGACCCAUCGGACGGCAACAAUACAUUCCCAAAACGUUCCUUGGCCACGCUCUCCAAGAUGGCACUGUCGGCCACGCCGGGCUCCGUUUCCGCCACCGCCUCUGAGGCGGCGAAGUAAGCGCCACACCCAUAUAACCAACCAUACGAGUUAUUUGGCGUGCAUUUCACACUUUUGUUUGUUUUGUUUUCUGUUUUUCCGUUUCCGUUCCAUUCCGUUCCGUUCCGCACCCCCCUGCAUCUUUAUUUAUUUAUUUAUUAUUUACGAUUUAUGGUUUACGAUUUAUGAUUUAGUUUAGGCCAGUGGCUUCUCCAUUUAAGCCUGUCCCUGGCCAUUUAUUUGCUCCGCCUGAGCUGUACAUACAUAGUUUACACACUCGAUUGCUGUGCCCUCAUAAUUCUAAGUUGUUAUGCGAUUUUAUUUACGUAAUACGCGUUUACGUUUUUGUUUUCUAUUUACCCCUAACUGUACUUGAAUCUUUUGUACUCUUGUAUUUAUUCUAACUUUAAAUUAACGACUACCAACUAAGAGAGCCCACAAAAUUUAUACCAUAUAUACACACGCCCAUACAUAUGCAUAUGAGAAGUGUUCCAAAGAACAAGAAGAUCGAAAGAAUGUUUCGCAAAAGAGA